CUACUACCUAUCUGCGGCUUAUACACACAGUUCUAAAGGUCGAGCCGCGUAGCGCACAAUUCAGCACACCGUGACGCGCCGUAUGACGUUGACAAUCCAGUCACAUGGCUGAUCAUCCCAACACGCCGGGGAACCGCCGAGCGGAACAAAGACUAGCAACUUCCGCUCUUCAUCAAAGAGUGCCUAAUCAAUCAUUGAUCAUGUCGGACGAUACGGAAGCGUAAUGGCACGGGAUUACUCCAAUUCGUUUGAAACUACACCGCGAACAGCCAUGUCCUGAAUCCUGCUGUGUGUGCUUCAGAGAAAUCACUUGGGUCCGGACGUCAGGUCGAACACGCCAAAUACAACAUGCCUCUCAGACAUCCGCUCCCUUUCCCGCCGACACAUCCUCCGCAGAUACUGCUGGCGGGUGCGACUACUUACAUUGGAGGCACUGUCCUGGCUACACUCUUGGCGCAUCAGGUCCACCCUCUCAACGAAGUGACUAUCACAUGCCUCGUGCCUAGCAACGAGUGCGCAAGCAAGCUGAUGCGUGCCUACGGCGAAGACAUCAACUUAGUCAUACGGGAGUGUCUGGACGAUGUUGAACUUGCUACCUUGAUCGCCUCAAAGCACGAUAUUGUUAUCAACUGUGCGCCUGCGACACACAAGCAUUCUGCGCUCGCAUUGAUGGAAGGGUUGGCAAAGAGACAGAAGAAUACUGGGAAGGAUGUGUGGUUUCUGCAUACUUCUGGGACUGAAAACCUAGCCGAUCUGCCGACCUCGGGGAAAUGGGUUCAUGGGGACACAGUAAAAGAGUUUGAUGAUAUUAAUGACGACAUAUAUGGAUUCGAAUCUAUGAGGGAAGCCAAGUCGAGUCAUCCUCAGCGUGCUACAGAGCUCGCAGUGGUGCAUAAGGGGCUUGAGCUAGGCCUCAAAACAUUGGUCAUUAUGAAUCCGAUGGUUUACGGACGCGGCUUAGGACUUUUUGAGCGCAGCGGCGUUCGAGUCUCUGCCAUGGCGAAGGUCGCAAUGGCGAAAGGGAAAAUCGUUGUGAUCGGUGAUGGGAAAGGCAUGUGGGACCAUGUACACGUGCAAGAACUGGCGGAGCUGUAUAAGGUUGUGGUAAUAGAGAUGAUGAGGGACAGAGGCAAGGUCUUGCCGAGUGGGAAGAUGGGAAUAAUGUUCAGCGCCAACGGGCGGCACAGCUGGCAUGCGGUGGCCCAAGAGGUGGCGGAUAUAUGUUACGAGGAAGGGUUUGUAUCACAAAAAGGGCUGACGCACGUGGAGCUGGCGGAAGGGAUAAAGCUAUUCUCUACUUAUCUUCCGCAGGUCGUAAACGAAGAGGAUAUAGUGGGGCUACGACUGUGUAGUAAUGCGGAGACGCGAUCUAGUAUAGCGCGAUCACUAGGAUGGAAGCCGGCAUGGGGAGAAGAAGUCUGGAAACAAGCUAUACGAGACGACGCUAGGAUAGCUUUGCGACCGGAGCAAGACGUUCUGUCUGAUCUUUCUCCCGAAGCCCAGUCUCCAAUACAUAAGUGGUAAUGGG